GUCUUCUACCUUUUUCCUUUCUUCUCCGCGAAAUCUCACUUUUUGGAUACUUGAUACGCAUCUAUCUACUUCCACCCGUCACUCAUUGAAGAGGGACGAUACUUUCGACUGGAGGUGCUAGACGCCCCAUACAAUGAUCCAUCUACCGAGGCAGACUUCAGCGGGGGAUGAUGCUACGGCGACGGGCACGGAUGCGGCGGGGACGUCGGACGCGACGGGUACGGAUACUGGAGAGGGCUCGCAGACCACUGGGGCUGUAGACGGGUCUACGGAUGGUGCCUCUGAUAACAACGAUGCGACGUCGGCGAACGAUACUACGGAUACAAAUACGUCGCAGCAGAACGACCAACAGGAUACCACAGCCCAGGACGAUAGUACGACGGCGACGGAGGACCCGACGACCACUACAGACUCCCCUACAUCCACCCCAACGCCGACAGAGACGUCGACGAAUACUAAUACCGAGACCACGGAGACGCAGACCGCGACCGCGACCGCGACUACUGCGACAGAGACCGAAACGUCGACAAACUCGGAGUCUACCUCGUCCACCACCGAUCGUACUACCUCGUCGGACUCGGAGACCACGGAAACGCAGACACAAACCCGGACUACUUCCUCGGAUGCGUCGACCUCUGAGGGUACAAGUACGCGGACCGAAACAACGAGUAGCCAGCAGACCACAACCGCCACCUCCGAUGCCACGACCACUGCCGACUUCAUAACGUCCUACUCAACUGUAGUGACCUCGAUCGACGGAAAGCUCACUACCUAUACCACCCCCAUUAGCACUACCCUUUCCUCCGCCACACCACUGUCUUCUGGCCAACGCACCGGCAUCAUUGCAGGCGCUACCGCCGGUGGCAUUGUCCUCAUCCUCAUCAUUCUCGGCGCAAUCUUCGUCUACCGCCACCGCAAGCGCCGCAUGGCGGGCUUCUUCGAAAAUCUCAUGCGCAGGAGGCGCGAGGGCAAGGGCGCCGGUGGUGUGGGGCUUCUUGACGAUGAAUUCGACGACGACGAUAGGGUGGUGAUGGGGCAGUACCGGGACCAUCCACAGAGCCAUCCGUACAUUCCGCCCGCGACGUACGUUCCAGGUGCGCCGCAACCUGGUGCAGCCCGAGGGAUGCCACCUGCAGGUGCCUCAACGGCAGCAGCGGUAGGAGGAGCGGCAGCAGGAGGGGGUGCUGCGGCUGCGGCAGCGGCUGGCGGCAGUGCGUCCCGGUCAGGCUCGCCACGAGCAAGCGUCAGCGGUCCAAAGUAUAACAUGGCCGCUGCCGCAGGUUCAACGCCUUCCGUUCUCCCCACGCGCGUUGCGUCCGACUCCGGAUCCAUAUUCCAUGAGGAGGGCGUUUGGCCGCCUCCAGGCGCGAACGGCACGCGCUUCGUCGAUCCAUUGGCAACAGGCGGUGCGCUAGGCAACAUCGUCGACGAUGUUAUGGGCCCGCGAGAAGGCGACAGGCCGCGAGGCGGAGGCAUCGACUCUCCCGAAUCGCCGCGCAGUCCAUCCUCGUCUUCCAUCGGCGGUACUCCACCGAACGAUGGCGCUAGCAGCAUCUACAGCACCGCCGAUAGCCCGCGCAGGAAGCCAAGCGAUGCCAACAGCGCGCGCGGCCUGCCCAAGAAGUCGCCCACGCCCUCGAUGUAUCUGGACCCCUUCCGCGAUUCGCCUGGUUCGGCGAGCGUGUUUUACCCGAUGCCGCCGGUCCCGCCGCUGAACUCGUCGAAGAUGUCGGUGGCGAGCACGGGGAGCGGGCAGAGCGCGAUGGCGACGACGUCGUACUUGCCGAAGGACGCGUACUCAAGCGACAGGUCGUCAUCGCCGACUGCUUCGCUACCGCCUGGCGCGAAAGCGCCUGUGAAGCCGAGCCCGUUGGGGAUGGAUGGACGCUAACCUCUGUUCGACCUACACCCUGGUCCAUUUCCACCGUCACUUCCUUUGAGGACCUUGCACGCUGAUUGACAUUCCCCACCAUAUACGCUGACUGCCUCAUCGCUCAUGUAUAUACUUACCCUGGAUAAGGAUAGGUAGGAGGGACAUGUUGGAUGUAACAAGGACCUCUGGAUGUAGGAUUUACAUCGUGGACUUCAUAGUUUCGACCGAGUUGUCGGGCGUCCUCUCAUUUUCACGGACAUGGAUUGUCUUAUGCUUCUACUUACUUUGUACUAUACACAUCUGCUCUGCCCUGCACUCAUAGCGCUUUCCUUGUCAUACACAUUGCUCGAUUUAAUGCGAAGUUUGUAGUUGACUCGUGGCGAAUAGAAGUCGCCCUGGGAAUGUUGAAGUCUGCAUUUCC